GCCAGCUGUUUUGCUCUGAUUUCCUCUGUUCUGUGCUGUGUAUAAAUUGUUAUUAGGACCUAGGCUAGGAAUUACUGGUUGCACCUGCACUCUCACCGCCACUGCUCCACCGACCACCGCCCCUUGCAAGGACCCACCACCAUGAGCUCCAAGGACAAGUCCAAGUUCAAGCUCUUCCUCAAAUCGCUGCCGGCAGGUUACGUGGGCGAGCGGACCUUGCGGCCGGAGUUCGAGAGGGAAUUGCGACCGGAGCAGCCGGUGGCCCAGCGCUGCAGGAUGCUGAAGGAGCUGGGCGACAUGCAGCUGCACAACUUCAAUCUGGACGAGACCGCCAUCACCAUUCUGUUCAAUCUCACCAGCGAUCUCAUCGUGCCCAACAAGCCGGCCGAAACGCGCCAGAUCGCCCUGAGCUUCUAUAAGCGGCUCAUUCACACACAGUACAAGAACCUGACCAUCAUGCGGGAGAAGUUCUUCCUGGUCAUCCAGAACCACGAGGCACGCGAGGAUCUGCGCCACCUGCUCGAGCUGCUCGACACACUCACCGACAACGGGAAGGACAUCACCAACUUCGAGGAGAAAAUUGGCAAGUUCAUGCUGCUCUGGAUCCCAGCUAUCACGGAGGCCAAUCUGCUCAGCCCCUAUCUUGACAUGCUGGUCAACCUGAUCAAGUUCAAUGCCGCCCAUCUGGACAAGGACAUCUUGGUCGGCAUCGUGCAGAACGCCUGCGACCUGAGCUGCAGCGUCACCGUCAACGAAAUCGGACUGCAGUGCCUGACAAUUCUCGAGAUGGUCAUCGGGUACACCAUCUUCCCCAGCGAGCCGCUGCCGCAGUGCAUCACCACCCUGUGCCGGACUGUUAAUUAUGCCCCCUAUUGCCCGUCCUCAUUCAAGAUAAUGAAGAAUCUGUUGGGCACCCAGCUGGGCUACCAUUCCAUGAAGAUGAUGUGCAGCAUCCUCAAUGACCCGGCUCUCUACGAUGACGCGCACCUCUUGCGUGGCGCUGUGUUCCACCUGAACAUGAACAUCUUUGGAUCCAACAUUAUUUUCCAGGUUUCACCCAUGACCUAUGCAACGAAUGUGCUGACAGCCUUCCUGCGGGCACUGGACAGUCGUCAGGUGAUCGUUACGUUCGAGGUGAUCCUCAGCGUUCGCAUGGUGAUCAACAAGCGGCAGCUUUCGGAGAUCAUUUGGGACCGCAUCUGCGACAUAAUGUCCUCCAUCGUUAGCAACAUCGAGUACUACGAGGCGACGAACAUAAACAAGGAUCGCCUGCAUCAUCUGCAGAUCAAUUUCCACGAGAACAUCGACUGCAUCGAAAAGCUGCUGCAGACGGACAGAUCCCAGAUUCUGGGCAAUGUCGAGCGUAUCUACGAUCUCAUCGAGCGAGUGGCGGACCGUCGGCCGGAGGCCUCCGUGCUCGCCCUCAUCGAGUACCGAUCCCGUCGAGUGACGGCCACGCGGCCAGAGUGGCUCCAGGUCUUGGCCCAGUUCGUCCGCCGGUACUACCGCAUGUCCAAUGUGAGCGUGCGCAUCAAGACAAUCGAGGCCCUGGUGCGAAUCAUGGAUCAGAAUCGCGCCUGCUACGAGGAGGAGAUCCUAAGCCGCGUCGUGCUGGUGCACCUGUCGCAGAUCCACCAGGAGCCAAGUGUCCAGGUGCGCGUGGCAGUGGCCCGUGCCCUGUCCAACUUUGCCACCCACUGCGACACGAAGCGCUGCAUGGACAUCCUGGACAUCCUGGAGGCGCUCAUCAAUCGUCCCUUCGAGCACACCCGCCAUGGAUCGUCUGGCGACGCCUCCCUUCCCGACGUGGCAGUGGGCCUGGUCAGCAAUGAGUCGGAGAUCGCGGACAUCAUUGCCGCCGUCGAUGGUUUGGUCAAGGUGUUCGCCAUCAAAUUGCACCGCCUGCCAGCGGUGCAUGCCCUCAAAAUAUUCAACAUUCUGAUGGAUCACCUGGAACUGCACUACGACCGACCCAAGAUUUUCGAGCACACCAGCGUUGUGCGCCACAAAAUAUUUGCCUGGUUGCUGAAGGCGAGAGCCAAUGGCUCGUUCCAUAUCGGCUAUCCGAUAGCCGAGGGCAGCAACGAGGUGGUCAAGUUCAGCCACUAUUUGGGCAUUGAUUCACCGCUGCUGGCGCAGCCACACACCACUGCCAUCUCGAUUCGGCGAAUGUGCAAGCUGAUAGUGCGGUGCCUGGAGCACGACACCGACUACCAGGUGUUUCAGCUGGUCAUCAGGGAGCUGCCCAAGGUGCUGCAGAACAAGGCGCUCGUCCAGGGCAACGACAUCGAGGAGCUGGCCAACUCGCUGCUCAAGAUCAACUUGGUCAGCAACAACAAGUUCAAGCGUCCCUCUGACGAGUUCCACGCCCUCGUCCUUCCGGCCGUCGCCUCGCUGGUCAUCUACCACGAAAGCCUGCAGCCGCAGCAGCACUACGGCAUCAUCACGGCCCUCAACUCGCGGGUGCUCACUGGCAUUGCCAGCGUCUGCAUCAACACCAUGACCAUUCUGAUUCUGGAGAUGCCGGAGGCCCUCAUGCGCAAGCUGCCGGACGUCCUGUUGCAGAUGAGCAAGAUGUCGGACACCAAUGCGCUGGCCACUCCGGUUCUGGAAUUUCUUUCGUUGCUUAUCCAUUUGUCCAAGCAUCUGUUUGCAAACUUCACUUUGAUGCACAACAUGUACGUGUUUGCCAUCACGCUUCCGUAUACAAAACCGCAUCGCUACGAUCACUACACAGUUUCCCUGGCCCACCACGUCAUCGCCGGGUGGUUCCUCAAGUGCAAGCUGGAGCUGCGCAAGAACUGUGUGUCCUAUAUAAAGAGCUCGAUUCAGUCGAAUGCCAAGAUGCUGUCCAGCGACAUUGUCAACCUGAACUCCCUGAACGAGGACUCGUCCAACCGGAAACGGAGCACCAGUCUCACGGAGCGCGGCAGUCGCAACAAUGCCAAUGCCUGGAACGACCUAGAGAUGCGGCCGCAGAUGAACAACGGCCUGCGGACCUUCCACGCCGAGUUGGCAGAGACCUGCUUUGACUUCCUGGCCCGCCACACCUACUCGCCCUGUCCGUCGAUGCCCAAACGUCUUCCGGCCGCGGAGUUUCUGCUAAAGGAUGGCGUCUCGCAGACCUGGCUGGUGGGCCACAACCUGGUGACGAUCACCACCUCCGGCUGCCCGUCGGCGCCCACGCGCAGCGGCCUCUGCGAGCGAUGUGCCCAGCUGGGCAAGACGCCCAGCAUUAGCCUGAACUCGAAGAGCCUCAGCGAUGCGGCUGCUCCACUCUCGCCGGAGCGGGAGAGACGCUACACGAAGGUGAGCCUGCAGCACAGCAGUGGCAACGAUUCGGCGGGCAGCACGGAGCUGACCUCCUCCUCCUCCUCGAACUCGGCGGCCACGGGUGGCCAUCCGCAUCGGCAGAUCUCCAACAGUUCGACUGCCUCGCUGGACGCAUUGUCGCGCCGUGGCUCCAAUCCCGAGGCAUUGGGCAGUGGCCUGGGCGAGGGUCCGCACACCGGCAGCAACACCUCGCUGCUGGGCAACUCCUUGUCGCAGUCGUCCGUGAGCAUGAGUCCGUCGUCGGGAUCCGUGGUGCAGCAGCCGGUUUGCGUGCGCGCCUGCACUGGCUGGGCGGAGAUCCUCAUCCGCCGGCCCACGGGCAACAUCUCGUGGAUAACCCGGAUUCAGAACCCCAUCACCAACGAUUGCUUUGGCCAGGAUCUGCCGUUCAACAAUGUGGUCUCCCUCUUUCUGCCCACUGCCCAUGGCGGAGUGUUUGGCCCGGACAAUGCCAUCCAGGUGCCGCCACAUCCUCUCGUCGAUCCAGAACCCGAGCCGGAGGUCAGUGCCAAUCCAGCUGCCGCGCCACAGGCCAGUGCUCUGCGCAGCCGGAUGGUGGCCAAGGCUCGAGCUCUCCAGCGUCAGGAGGAGAUUCACUCGGUUGGCGGAGGCAAUGGGAAUGGAAACGGGAAUGGCAAUGGCAAUGGCAAUGGCAGCGGAAAUGGCAAUGGAAAUGCAUCCAGCAGUGGAGCAGCAGCUGCCAUACCCAUUCCACGCGUUUCAACCGGAAAGCGGGGCAAGGAGGCGGCUCUCUGCGGGAGUGUGAGUGAUGGCGAGGCAGAUGACGACUCGUUGGCCUUCGAGGAUGCCCAGAGUCGGGCCCGGAACCCGGUGCGCCGGGUGAACUCUAGCCCGGAGAUGAGCUCCAGCUGGCGGCAGUCGUUCCUCACCAACAAACCGAUGCCGCUGUCCCAGGAGCCGGUGAAAGCCACCGCCGAGGAGCCGCAGUCCAUGCUAACGCUGAAGAAGAAGAGUGUGCAGUACAGCACCAAGGAUAUGCGCGUGAGCUGCGAGGCCAUUCCGGAGGAGAUAGCCGGCUCCACGCCGCCCUCACAGCCUGCUGUUUUGGCCCUGCAUCCGGAAGCUGGCACCCUGCCGCCCAAACAGCACUCGGCGGACGAUGUAAGCAGCCAUGUGGCUGCCGGCGGCACCCUGCAGGCAGCCGGAUCCACCCUCAAGCUGGGCAAACCGCCGCUCUCGCCGGGGCAGCCGCCCCUGCUGGCAACGGGCAGGAUGACCAGCUUUGGCGGCACCUCUGUCCCGCAGCCCGGUGCACUGGCCAAGUCCAGCAGCAGCGGGAGUAAUGGUGCCAAUGUGGGCGUGAUCACCUCGGACUACGACAACGGGAACAAUGGCAACGGCGACAUGAUGCGAGGACGCUCGAAAACCAUUUCGGUGGUGCGGGAGGUGAACAACGGCAAUGCACGUCCGCCGCCGGCCAGCAGUUUCCGGAACUUUGGGCCCGCCAAGCCGCCCAUAAACACCAAGCUGUGCAUGAAUCCCAGCUUCAUGUUCCUGCAGCUCUACAGCACCGGCCAGCUGGGCGUGACCGAUGAGCCACUGAAGGUGGGGCCGGAGAACAACAGUGCCGUCACCCUGAUCGACCUGGUGCCGCCGUUCGAGACGCACAAGAUCGGCGUGCUGUAUGUGGGCCAGGGGCAGUGCAACAACGAGGUGGAGAUCUUGCGCAAUUCGCACGGCAGUCCGAGGUACGUGGAGUUCCUCCGCAACAUCGGAACACUGGUCAGCCUGAAGGAAGCGGAGCAGAACAACCUGUUCAUCAUGCUGGACAGGAACGGGGCCGAUGGCAAGUUCGCCUAUAUCUGGAAGGACGACAUACUGCAGGUUACUUUCCAUGUGGCCACGCUGAUGCCCACCAAUCUGCAGGAUGAUCCCAACUGCAACGAGAAGAAGAGCCACAUUGGCAACGACUUUGUGAAGAUCAUCUACAACGAGAGCGGCGAGGAAUACAAUCUGAACACAAUAUCCGGCCAAUUCAACUAUGCCUGCGUGAUCGUGGAGCCACUCGAACUCAACUCGAACAGGGUGUAUGUGAAGGCCCGAUCGGAGAUAUCGAAGUUCGUGUGCCAUGCGGAGCACCGAAUAGUCUCGGAUCGCAGUGCUCCUCUGCUGGCUCGUCAGAUGGCCCUGCAUGCCAAUCUCGCCUCGCUAGUCUACCAAAGUGUGCAGAAAAAGCAUCCUUAUGCUUCGAAUUGGCUAGAACGAUUGCGCAAACUCAAGCGCCUGAGAUCGAAGCUUCUUGAGGGACUGAACAGUCAACAAAAAUCCGGAAGUGCAUCGAGCGGCAUUGGGAUUAAUGCCUCGGCCAUUGGCUCGGAUAUGGAGGACCAACGGGGUGACUUCAUCAAAUUUACGUAGACAACAAUGAGAGGCUCCGAACUGAACAACCACGAAAGAGCAGGGGACCUGCAGACUCAUCCUGCCAUGACUCCUCUUGAUUUCCGAUUUGGAUAUUACCUAACUUACUGGCAGAGCGGAAGAUUUGAUAAUGUCGAGCACCAGCAGACCAAGAACACAAGUCUCUGCCUUACCAAUAAUCACGAACAUAAUUAUAAUAUAAUAACCAUAAUGAAUUUGACAAGUUUAUAAAAUUUGUGAGAAUACAUAAGCGCUGUUCAUUUCCAAA